UCCGCGUCCCGCGGCCCUCGCCUUCCCCGCUCUUCCUGUCGUCUGGGUGACGGGCCCGCCUGAGGGCGGCCGGGACAAGCGACCGCCAUUCCCGUGUCGCUCCGCCCGCGGGGGCCGCCCGAGCCGGCCACCAUGCCGCUGGGCCUGAAGCCCACCUGCAGCGUCUGCAAGACCACGUCGUCCUCCAUGUGGAAGAAGGGCCCGCAGGGGGAGAUCCUGUGCCACCACUGCACGGGCCGGGGCGGCGCGGGCGCCCCUCCGCAGAGCAACGGGGGCGGGGGCGGCAAGCAGAGCAAACAAGAAAUUCACAGGAGGUCCGCGCGUCUCAGAAACACCAAAUACAAAUCCGCUCCCGCUGCUGAAAAGAAAGUUUCCACUAAAGGAAAAGGGAGAAGACAUAUUUUUAAAUUAAAAAAUCCUAUCAAAGCUCCUGAGUCUGUUUCCACCAUCAUCACUGCAGAAUCAAUCUUCUACAAGGGAGUAUAUUACCAAAUUGGUGAUGUUGUUUCUGUGAUUGAUGAACAAGAUGGAAAGCUCUACUAUGCUCAGAUCAGGGGUUUUAUCCAGGACCAGUACUGUGAGAAGAGCGCAGCACUGACAUGGCUCAUUCCUACUCUGUCUAGCCCCACAGAUCAGUUUGAUCCUGCAUCUUAUAUCAUAGGGCCAGAGGAAGACCUACCGAGGAAGAUGGAAUACUUGGAAUUUGUUUGUCAUGCACCUUCUGAGUAUUUCAAGUCAAGGUCAUCACCAUUUCCCACUGUCCCCACCAGACCAGAGAAGGGCUAUAUAUGGACUCAUGUUGGACCUACUCCUGCAAUAACAAUUAAGGAGACAGUUGCCAACCACUUGUAGUUACAACUAAAACUGAGGCUGGGAAACUCAGUAAUCUAUCCCUUACUCAGCAUGCCUAAGACCCUGGGUUCAAAACAAAAAAACUCAAAACUGUAUUUUUCAUUUUCUUAUAUUUAUACAACUGUGAAAAAUACCAGACACUUCCUUCAUGAAUUUUUUGGGGGGUUGGUCGUGGGGCUUGAAUGUGGGGCCCUAGGUUCUGCCUCCGAGCUCUUUUGCUCGAGGCUAGCGCUCUGCCACUUUGAGCCACAGCACCACUGCCAGUUUUCUAGUGGUUAAUU